UCUGGGCUGCGGCGGGACGGUGACCGAGUGGGGCCAAGCCAAGCAGAAAGCGUAGGGUGCGCCGGCGUGAGUAACCCCGGGCGCCCUGCUGUGUGCUUGGCCCUAUGUCGUGUGCACGGCGGGACUGGGGGCUGUGAGAGCCCCCGGAGGGGCCGCCAGCAACGCCGCCACAGUCCGCGCCAGCGGCCAGGGGCCGCAGGAUGACAGCAGGCAGCCCCGCCCCCGGGGCCGGGCCGGGAGGCGCGCACGUGGGCAGGCGGGCCCCGCGCUGACACCCGGUCGCUUAUUGCAGGUCGCCAUGGCCAGGCCGGGGCCCGCCCGCCUGGCGUUGGUGCUGGCUCUGGGCGCUGCGGCGGGGCUCGGGCUGCUGUACGCGCUCCGCCGGCAGAGGAGGAACAGGCCGUGGCGCAGCGGCAGCGCCGGGGACUGCCCCGGGCAGGGCGCGGAGGACGCGGCGGGGGGCUCGCGGCGCCGUGACUGCGUUCUGAUUAGGACACAGGCCCCAGUGGAGGCUGGUGAUGGUGUAGCAUGCACAUCUCUCUUAACACGCGUAGAGCAGGUGGAAGUGCUGAACCGUCUAGACUUUGUGCUGAAAAACAUUGAAGAGCUGCGUCAAGAAGUGGAGGAACUGCGGAAUAGCCUUCAGGGUUUAGCUAGUGAGAUUGUUGGAGAAGUCAAGUCCCAUCUGGAGGAAACCCAGAAAGUAACUCGGAGGAAGCGUUAUGUUUUUUCUAGAGAAAGAAGUGAUUCUACAGGCUCCAGUUCUAUUUAUUUCACAGCCAGUUCGGGAGCAAUCAAUACAGAUGAUGCUGAAAGUGAAGGAGGGUACAGCACAGCCAAUGCGGAGUCUGAUUACGAUCGGGAGUCAGAGAAAGAAAAUGAAGAGGGGGAAGAUGAAGUGAGCUGUGAAACAGUGAGGACUGCACGGAAAGAUUCCCUGGAUCUAGUCAAUGAGGAUGAAACAGCUUUAAUCCUGGAUUCUACAGUGGAGGAGGAACUUGAGCAGCUCCUGCAGCAGGCUGACCAGUUGCAUGCUGGGAAUGAGCAAGAGAAGAGAGAAGGAUUCCAGCUGCUGUUUAACAGUAAACUGGCGUAUAAGGACCAUAACAAUUUCCUUUGGCGCCUAAUCCGAGCUUACAGUGAUCUGUAUGAUAUCACAGAGGACGCAGAUGAGAAAAAAUCAUACGCUUCUGAUGGGAAAGAAGAGGCAGAGGCAGCCCUACAGAAAGGGGAUCAAAGUUCCGAGUGUCACCAGUGGUAUGCUAUUAUUUGUGGCCAGUUGUCAGAACAUGAGAAUAUUCAGAAGCGCAUUCAAACUGGGUUUAUUUUUAAGGAACACAUUGAUAAAGCAAUCAGUCUGAAACCGGAUGACCCCAAGUCUUACUAUCUUUUGGGCAGGUGGUGCUACCAGGUCUCUCACCUGGGAUGGCUUGAAAAAAAGACCGCUUCUGCCUUAUUUGAAACACCCCCUAAUGCCACUGUCCAGGAUGCACUGCAAAACUUUUUAAAGGUUGAGGAGCUGAGUCCAGGAUUUUCCAAAGCAGGAAGAGUAUACAUUGCCAAGUGCUAUAGAGAUCUGGGGAAUAACUCUGCAGCAACUCACUGGCUGAACCUGGCUUCCGAACUGUCAGUCGUCACAAAGGAGGAUGAAGAGAGCAAGAGAGAGCUUGAGGACAUGCAGGCAAUUCCUGAAGAAUAAGCCCUGUCAUUUAAUAACUGUGUGGACAGUAACAUUCCAACCUAAAGAGUUGUUUUUUCUCCCGCACAAUUCUGAUAACCUUGGAUUAAGGUUCAUGGACAAAAUACAAAGUUUACAGGAAACAAGUAAAACUGCCUUCAUCAGCUCUUCUCUGGGGAGCGAGAUCUUGGCACAGACCAACAGAACUAAAUUCAGAUUCUGAUAGUCUCUUUACCUGUGAUGCUAUAUAUGUUUAUUUGAUUUUGGUUCCAUGGCUUGAUCAGCAGCCAUCAGCCUGAUUUGGAUUUCAUUUGUCCUACAUAGUCUUGAUUGAUUUUCAUAGUCAUCCACUCUGAAAUAUUUAUUGCACAAUUUAUUGCACAGAGAGAAUAUUGACAUGUAAGGUAUGAAUUGGAAUUGUAACCUGUUCUUCCUUUAAAAUAUUUUCAGACUAGUUCUAGGGAGUCAUGAAAGUGAGAAGGCAAUAGCUAACCAUAACUAUGCCUGUAUCUCUUUGUAUUUAGUAAUGACCAUUAUCAAUGUGUAGAGUUGAAAACUUCAGUUCUGCCUUGCUGCUAGCUCUCUUAAUAGACUGUGUAAAUGUUUCUCUCUAGAGUCCAGGUGCUAUGUAUCAGCUCAUUUUUUCUUUUACUUCAUAAACUGUGUUAGCAUGGUCUGCAGCCACACACUGAAUGCUUGAUGGCGCUGAUAAAAUACAGGUCUGAUAUUUACAGAGGUUCCAGAAAGGUAAAGGGCAAAGCCACUGUGUUUGUGAUGUUCAGUUUUCCAUUAAUUAUAUCAGGCUGAUGCACUUAAGACAAAGGGGUGUUUUCAUUCCAUUAAGCCUAUUGCUUGAAGUGGGUGGAGAUGCUAGGUUAUAAGAAAGCCCAUUACAAAAAGCUUGCAAUUCCAUAAGAAGUUCUACUCUGCUUCUAUUCAUCUCCCUAUAAAAACAUUUAUUUUGAUGUCCAGAGCAUUAUUUUAUUGUUCCUUUGUAAGUUCACCUAGAUGCUUUGUGAUUUGUCUUCAAGGAGAAGCCAGCAACAGUCAUUAGCAGGGAUCCGGGUUUUCUCUGAUAAAAAAAAAAAUCGCAAAUUCUGUGAUAAAAACCUCAAAAUCCGUUAUUAAAAUUAAAAGCCCCCUGCAGCCCCCCUAGCCCUGCUGGUGCCCCUCAUGUGCUCCCACAGCCAUCCCAACCCUGCUGGUGCCCCUCAUUGCCCCCACAACAGCCACCCACCCUACUUGUACCUCUUGCCCCCACUCACAGCCCCUGCCCCCUGGCCCUGUUGGAGGAGGCCCCCAGCUGCCAGGGCUAUGGGGCCAGGGACCCAGGUCUGCAGUUCCCUGCCCCCAACAGCAGACAGCUGCAGCAGAAGCAGCAUGAUGCCAGAUCUCCAACUGCUCUGCUUGCUCGGGUGGGGGUGGGGCCAUUUCCUGCCCCCCCCAGCCCUACCAGUGCCCCCCAGCCAUGACCUGCAACCCCCCCAUCCCUGCCAGAGGGACCCCCAGCCCCCUGCAAACCCCACUUACCUCAGACUCCAGGAGCGAAGAGUACAGCUCAGCUGAGCAGAGCCCUGGCUGACUGACAGCCUCAGGCCCUGCCCUUCCCCCUUCCCCUCCAGGCAGGGCUGGGGGUUUCCUGCCCUGUUUGCAAACAGCUUUUGCAGGCUGGAGCUCAACCAGCCUGCAGAGCUGUUUGCAAAAGCAGGGAAUCCGCAGGUUUCACUGCUAAAAAGAGAAAGCUGCGUUUUCUCUGAUAAAAAGGGGAAAUCCAUGGUUUUCUGUUUUUUUCCAUGGGAAACGGGAAACCAGGAUCCCAGGUCAUCUGCGUGAAUCCAGGAGGUUAAUGUUGGGAGACUUGCAUAUCUCCCUUCAUGACAUUUCUUAAACAUUUUCUUUUACAAUUAACUCUUAUUUUACAGAAUCAAAUCACUUCUAUAAGCAAGCAGGGAUAAAAACUUAAAGUUGGUACCCAGCUGGAUUUCUUGCGUCUGUCAAGGAUGCUACUCUGUUCAUCCAAGUAGGUUAUUUCAGAUUCCUUAAGUGAAAGCUUUCUGCACUCAUCUAAAUUGUAUUUGUGCUAUGUUAUAUAAAUGAUGCAAUUUAGAAAUUCUCAAGUUAGCCAGUUGCUGUGGAGAGAGGGGAAUCAUAUGGCAAAAUAGAUAGCUCAGCAUAGUGUUUUUGUACCCAGUUCUACUGAACAAUUAAAAGAUGUCACCCAAUUUACAUCAGGCUGACAACUGUUUGUUCUAAUUAAUUCCAUGUUAGAAAGCAAACUGUUACAUUUUUCCAAAGCACAGCACAACUUACCUUCUUCCAGGCACAAUAAUCUAUCUGGGUUUCUCUCUACCUUUUCUUGUUUUAGCUGUGAGCUCAUUUGUCUUAAUUAUUUUUAAGACUUCAUUAUAUGUUCUGUAGUUUCAUAUUUGACUUUGCUACGAAGUGUGAUUAACAAAAGCAAACAUUUAAGAUGAUAACAUAUAAUUCAGUAGUAUGUUAAAUUACCUUCUUAAUCACAUAUACACAGUAAAAUAACAGUUUCUGCUUUUUUACAUUGUGAAAGUAAAAUUGGAGGGCAAGUAUACAGAAAAACUGUUUCAGAAACUUCCCCUUGUAUAGACCUGCUGUUUGUUAACUCUUCAGUCUAAAUUGUUCUGUCUUAAAUGAGGCUGCCUUCUUUGGAAGAUCCAAGUGAGUCAGAUUAACUUUUCUGUUGAUUUCGGGUUACAAACCCAGACCCUUAUACUAUUGCAAAUGCAGCAAUGAAUCUGAAGGGCCAAACAUUACUCUUGCCAUGAGUGUGGUAGUUCCCUCUGUGUUCUGUGGGAGCCCUAACCCUGUCUAAGGGAAUCAUUUGAAUUUAAAUGUUCAAUGCAUAUUUCCUUCUGUUUAUUUUGUGGAAAUGGCCAAGGAGAAAAAAAAUCUGCCUUCCCUUUACUUGAAUGCGUAUCUAUGAAAGGAAACAGUUUGGUCUCAAAUAUUUCCCCAAUAAAUAACCUUUGCCUUUCCAAACACCUAAUUUUUAAAUAGGUUCCACUACAGCCUAAAUUAUUUUCUCUUUGGUUGAACCCUGGGAAUUCUAGCUUUAGUGACUUCAAUUCCAUUUACCACAAGGUUGCUUUAAACUACUUAACUCUUUUGUGAGAGGUUUACAGAUGCAUCUGUGAAGAAAUGUUGAGGAGUUUGCAAAGUAAAGCAACCAAUUAACUGGGCUUAUUUCAUCUGUCUUCUGUUGCCAGCAAAGUGUUUGAAUGAUAUUGAUAAAACUUUACUUAUUUCAUACAUUACGUUUAAACGUGCCUUCUCAUUAUAAAGUAAAUGGAUUCAAAAUGAAAGACAGGGGAGGGGGGAGGGAACUGGUAACUACUGGUAUUGGUUUUUGAAACUUUUGAGUACAGGUCUUCAGCAAGGCUGCUGCUUCUUCUAAAACUUGUCAAAAUAUUAAACUGUUUGGAGAUGCCACAUUUAUUCAGAAUUUGGAGGUAUGGACUUACCAGCUUCCUUUCUACAUUUCCAAAGAAUGAAUUCUAGUUCAGGUUUUGGAUAGUCUUCUGCAAACAAAUAACAUUAAAGGCUGCAAACUGUUUUAGGUCAAAUGAGAUUUAAUGGACAUCCUUAAUUCAUGGUUCCUUUUGCCAUGUAUUACCUGGACAUCCAUUUUGCAUAGAUUGAACUUGAAUCUUCUUUUCUGUUGGGCCCCAGUCAUGCUGCCACUCACAGCUGAUGGCAGAACUCCCACUAACUUUCCUGAAAGUAGAACUAGGCUCCUUCCAAGGGAUUCCUCUCUGCCGCUUCCUUGUCAACAAAACCCCUAUGCAGAUUCUAAAGUGCCCACAGAGCAGAUCAGCUUCUUUUGGGCUUCUGGGAAAUGUUGCAGCUCAUGAGAAGAACACCGUACAAGUGCAGCUUUGGAACUGAUAUUUCUAUCAAUCUGUUUUGUCUCUUUCAAUUGCUGAAGGCUGAGUAAUUGUUUUUUGGAUGCAGAGAUACUUGGUGAAAUGCCUUGGAAUAUUGAAGAAAUGCCUUAAAGAAUAUUGAACCAUGUCCAAAACUUCUCUUAGCUGCUUGAAGACCUAAAAAAAAAAAGAAAGCCCUUGCAUUUACUGGGGAGGAGGGAGAUAAUUUAGACAAGUGUCUGCUCAUUCCUCUUUUUCAUAUUCUGAUGGUGUCUGUUGCUCAGGAUACUUAAUAUUAAUGGUCUCUUAUCAUGUUUUCUCUCUACCUUUAUUAUGUAAAUGCUUACUCUAGACUUUCUGUGCAUUUGGUUUCCUGUUUCAGAUGCUUUUUAAAAAAAAAAUAUGGACUCUACCUGGUUGGCUUUAAAAAGGAUUUUAGGCUCUGAUAUUCUAAUUUGUGUUUGUUGUGGUACCCUUGUUCCAUUAGGAACUCUGGGAUUCAGAGAUGUAAUUUUCUGUUGAGUGUAUACAAGAUUUCCCUUGAAAAUUUCACUCGUACUUAAUGCCUCAGAUGCUGACGUUAAUUUAGCUGACAUUUUCUAGUUAGAUAUAUUUACUGGAGCCUAGUUAACAUAGGGAAAGGGAAUGGUAAAAUCUACAGUUCCUUUCAAGCCCUGAUAAAGGCAAUAUUUUGCUUUUUCCUUAAUCACUAAUCAACAAGGAUCUGCAGUGCAUUACAACAUGGGGAACACAUUACCUUUACAUUUUUAGUCUUUCUUGCAUGUUAUGAAAGACAGAUUUGAUUCAGCAGUGCAGUCCAUUCUAACACAGCCAGGUUGCCCAAACUAGAAAGAAAAUUCUAGCAGCACCAUCUGCGGCUUUGUUUUAAGUAAUUUAAAAUGUUGGGGUUUUUUUCUUGACAGAAGGUGAGGUGCUUGGUAAAGUUGGGAUACCUUGGCAAACAGUGUCCUUUAUACACAUGGAGGGAUGGGGGUAGGCUGUUUGCACCUUUUAGAAGGAGAGAGAGAGUUGCACUUUUAACUGGCUCAGGCAUGCAUAGAUAUUAAGAAUGUUUACAUUUGUACAUGCUUUACUGACCUGUCCUGGAUUUUAAUGUGAAUUUCAUAAAGGUGGAUGCCCUAUAAACAUUCCAGGGCCACAGAAAGCUGGAGGUGUGGAUGGAUAAUAUGUUAGUUGAAGAACUCUUCGCUCUGAUUUGAGAAGCCCUUUCCAAGGUUUUUUUGCAGGGAUCAGAAAUGAGAAUUUUCCUGCAACUCAUGUUGUGUGAUUUUUAAAGUGAAUCUGUGUGGUCAAACUAAUAUUGUAUUAAAGAGUAACUGAAAUCACUGCUUUCACUUCAUUGUAUUGCAUUGUUUUGUUUGAAAUAAAGUAUUUUAAGAAUUGAA